GGCGGCGCCCAUAAAAGGCGCCCUCCCCGCCGGGCUGCCAGUUGCCAGUCGCCCGCAGCCCUCCCGCCCGCCAGCCGUCGAGUCUCGCCUGCCUGCCUGCCUCACCUCCGCAGCCAUGCUGACCGCCGACGAGCGCCGCAUCCUCAAGCAGACGUGGGACAAGGUGUCGAGCAUCCAAGAGGAGAUCGGCGCCGAGUCCCUCUACAGGCUCUUCAUCGUGUACCCCACCUGCAAGACCUACUUCCCGCACUUCGACUUCGGCGCGGGCUCGGCGCAGAUCCGCAACCACGGCAAGAAGGUGAUCAAGGCGCUGGAGGACGCGCUCAAGAACGCCGACCACCUCCACGAGAACCUGGCCGAGCUCAGCAACCUGCACGCCUACAACCUGCGCGUGGACCCCGUCAACUUCAAGCUCCUGGCGCGCUGCCUGCAGGUGGUGCUGGCCACCCAUCUGCGCGCCGAGUUCAACGCGCAGACCUACGCCGCCUGGGACAAGUUCAUGGCCUGCGUGGCCGACGUGCUGGCCGAGAAGUACAGAUGAAGGAGCCCCCGGCCCGCCGGCCUGCCUGCCCGCAGCCUCUUCUCCAGCGCCCGAGCGCGCCUCUGUCCGACAGCCAGCCCAAUAAACGUGCCUCGAACCUA